GGAAGUCGUGGGUGCCUAGAGGGGCCUCCCGGCGUGCAGCGCGGCAGCAUUUCCGGUUUCGCUGAGGCGCUUCGUGCCCCGCGCUCUCAUUGUGCGCUCCCGCCAUGGCGUACCGCGGCCAGGGCCAGAAGGUGCAGAAGGUGAUGGUGCAGCCCAUCAACCUCAUCUUCAGGUAUCUCCAAAAUCGGUCCCGAAUUCAGGUGUGGCUAUAUGAGCAAGUAAAUAUGCGAAUAGAGGGCUGCAUAAUUGGUUUCGAUGAGUAUAUGAAUCUUGUAUUGGAUGAUGCAGAAGAGAUUCACUCUAAAACAAAGUCAAGAAAACAGCUUGGUCGGAUCAUGCUAAAAGGAGACAACAUUACUCUACUACAAAGUGUCUCUAACUAGAAGUAUAUGGUCAGUGAAGUUAGAAGAAACUCAGAAGGCAGUACUUUUUUUUCUUAGUUACAUUCUCUGGGCUUCAAAAGCCACCUACACAUUUUUGCCAUGUUAUUUUGAUCUUUCUUUUAUGAUAUUAUAACAAUAAAUGGGUUGCUCUGGGGUUUGUUUCUGUUAAAAAAUUCUGCAUUGAAUUUCUUUCUGUCUAUGAAAGAACUUUUCACACAGUGGUGCCUUGUAAGAGCCUGGAGGCUACAGCUGUUGGUGCUGGCCUUAGAGCUUUCUGAAAAGAGGCAGAUGCCCCAGGUAUUACUUUUUGAGGGGUGCAAAAAAGGAUACAAAUUUUGUGAGAGUGGUGAGAUUCGUAUAUGUUGUGAAGGUAGUGUCCUUAAUUAACAUAAGACUAUUGCAAACAUACAAUGGGGGCAUUGAAGCCAAUACAGUGAAACUAGACUCUUGACAAUCAAGUACUCCCAUGGCAUUGUUACUAACUUGGAAAUUACUUCCUAAAUCUAAAAACUUUGUGAAGAAGAGAUGGAGGCUGCAUUAGGCUUGGUCCAUAGAUGUUCUGUGUAAGGUGUUCAGAGAUAAUUUCAUUUUCUGGUCAUUAAUAUUAAUGCAAUUUUAUCACCAGGUUUGUUAUCCAUUGGGGUGAUUGAGGGAAAGAAAAGGAAACCCAAAGCUUGCGGGGGGGGGUUAUGUUGGAGGCAAGAGUUGGGAAUUUUUCCAGCACGCUACAUAUAGAUGGGUAGACGUGAGACAGAAAUCCAGUGUCUGAGCAAGACUUCUUAACUCUUAGGGACUUUUGUUUCCAUCCUGAACUGCCGUUCGUGUCCUAAUUCAAACCGAAACCUGGACACUCUUACUUUUCUGUACUCCAGUAUAACCCUGGUCUGUAGCAGGAUGGAGGAAGAACAAGUCUAGCCUUACUUCUCUGCCUGCCUGGAGGGUAAAAACAGAACCUUGUAGACACAUGAAAUGUAGCCUGUGAAGUCACCCUGCAGCUCCAACAGGUGUUUUCAUGGAGGCAGACGAUGAGUCUAGCCCUCAACUUACUGUGUUGUUCUGUGUCUCCUCUUAGCUCCUGCACACCUGUCCUGAUCUAGUCAGAAGUAAAGGUUUUCUUUAUUCCCAUAGCUUCUAUAUUGAAGUUUGAGAUUCACUGAACCAGUUGGUGUGCAGAGGAGACAUUGUCCAGCAGAGGGCACUGCUGCCCUAGACUGAGCUCCAGUUCCUAGUUGGGAAAUGAACUGAAUGAACUUCUUUCUGAUGAGAGCACAGACCUCCCUGCUGCUUUUUUGGCACCAAAAAUAGCUGGGAAGAAUGAUAACAAGCAAAAGCAAUAUAAUCCCUAAGAAAACCUGCUGGCUGCACUCUCUACUUCCCCCUACGUCCUCACUGACCCAGCUGCCUCUGUAAGCAGAGCUGUGCCUGCCGUGGCCUAUUCUGAAUAGAUCAAGGAACAGAAGGUUCUAUUUUUGACAGCGUAAAUGACGAUGGUGAGGAAUAAGGUACAGUGAACGCUUACAGUUGGGCUCUGUAUUUACAAAGCUCCUUGCUUGCUUUUCUGCUCCACUGGAGCUGGUUGUGUUUGCUUUCUAAGUUGUACUUUUCCACAAACGUGUAGAUUUUCUUUUCUCUCAAGCAGAAGAUGCAGUAGGAGGGGGUGUUACCUUUGGCUGUGUUAAAGUUACUAAAACUUGCUGCUGGGAAAGCAGGUUUCAACCAGGAACCUCUAGUACAAGGACAGUUAUUUUACACUUGCUUUCUAAAUGCUUUCUCUUAAUCAUACUCCUCUUGUGCUUGUGGUGCUCCCAGAGAAAAAGGCCCCAAAGGAAAAGUGAGCAUAACUGUAGUCUGUUUUUUGAUAGUGGUUGAGCAGAAGGAAGAAGGUGGAUUUUGAAUGCUUUGGAGAUUUUUGCAUUGGUAGGGGCACCAGUUCUUGGCUUUAUAUUGUUAGUGUGGAUGUUUUAGUAUUAGGGGAAGAGGAGCCUGUACCACUUAGAUUCAGGCAUUGUGAGGCAAAGGGGGCCUUGGGCAGUCUCAAAUAGGCAGCUUUGUGGCUGACAGGGAUAAUGAAUGGCACAGAAACAGAACAGCAGCUUUUCCAUGAAUCCUUCCUAAUGGAAUUAUAAUUAGCUUCGUCUUACUAUUAACCCCAGCACAACUCACUUGUGUUCCUUCUUCAGUGAAUUUUCGAGUCCUACAAAUUGAGCCUCACAAGAGGCCUGAACUGUGAUUUGGUGUUCUCAGAGUCUAGCCAUAGCUCUGUCACCAGUUUUCCAGCUUUGGGCAAGCUAACUCAUCUCUUUGUGCCUCAGUUUUCUCACUUAUAUGAAGGUAAUAACUGUUCUACCUACCUCAUAGGAUUGUUGUUGAGAUGCUUUUAACUUUUGGAAAAAAAUUAAAGUUCUUUGUAAUGUGGUAUGAUAAUAUAAUUUGGGGCUGAGAUUUUUCUUUUUACUGUGUGAAAGAUGUUUGCUAGGCAUAUAAUUAAAUGGAACUGUUUCAAAGUGAAUAUUUGGCUUACUCUGGAAGACAAAUGGCUUUCAGACGCUUAGAAAGCUACUUUAUUUAGCAGCAUCUUUUUAAUAUGUGUCACAAAUUCUUGACAAUUAAAGACUGUCCUAGCAAAUCCUCUGUAUGACAGCAUGCCUGUGUCCUCAUGCAUUUGCAAAAUGCCCCUUUCAGGUAGGGUAGAGAAACAGAAACCUAAAAAGAUCCCACAGAACAUCAAAGUGAGAACUGGGACCAAGACACCAAAUGCCUGACUUUCUACUGCGUGGAACUGGCUUCUUUGGACAUGGGCGCUUAUAUGAAAGUUUAUUUUUGUUGUCACUAUUUGCUCAAUGUUCAUUCAUUGACUGAGCAUUUAUUGAAUGAUUGCUAGGUACAGCCUUCACAAAGUCCUACUCUGGUGCCUCAUGACAGAGGUUGUCCUGGGUUUAAAAAACUAUGUCAAUAAAGCACAAGCUUUGGCAGGUCCUGCCAUCUUGGAAAGGCUUUAGAUACUAUUUAGGAAAAAACUGUCUGCUUUUCUAAGACAAGCUUAGCUCAAUAAAGAAAAAUUUGUCAUUAA